AUGGCGCUUUCACUUCAGUAUUCAACCAGUAAUGUUGAAGGUCAAGGAGAAUCAAGUCAAUCAACUGAACAAUGCAAGAAGGUUACCAUACUUAGCAUUGAUGGAGGUGGAAUUCGAUGCAUCAUUCCAGCAACCAUCCUCCAUGCGCUCGAAAAACACCUUCAGAAACUGGAUGGCCCUAAUGCAAGAAUCGCAAAUUACUUUGAUAUAAUCGCCGGAGUUAGCACAGGGUCGAUAUUGACACCGAUGCUAACUGCGCCGGAGAAUAGAAGAUGUGAUAAGCUAAACUGGCGGCCAAGCCCCAAGUUUGAUGCAUCAAAAUUCGUCUCUUUUUACGAGAGGAGAGGGGAAGGAAUCUUCGGAAACCCGAUUUUUCAUGUGCGUGAGUAUCCUAAAAAGAUCAAGGAGGCAUUGCAAUAUAUUCUGUGUCGUUUUGCUUCGCCCAUAAAUUGGUUUGAGGCUGCCAUGGCUAUACUCACCAGACAUGGACCCUCAGCUCUUAGAUAUGCAGUGGGCAAAGAGUUAGGACAAGUUGGGCUGCGUGAAACUGUGACAAAGUUGGUUAUCCCUGCUUUCAGAAUUAGGAAGACAAAACCUGUCAUUUUCACUUCGGAUAUGACCUUAGCUGCACUCUGCGAAGCAACGAAAACUUACGGAAAUGAAAGAAACUACAAGAAUUAUUUGGUUCUGUCGCUUGGGACGGGUCAAGUAGACUUAACACCAUAUUCUGGACAAGGUUUAGCAGAAUGGCUUUUCAAAGAAGUAGUACGGAAAUUCAGAUUUGAGUUUCUAUGCAAUAGAGUCAACGAUGCAGUUGAGUUAUACAUGUCUCGCCUCUUCCACUGCGAUGGGUUCUCUAAAAAUUAUCUGCGUAUUCAGGAGUAUGAAUUGAAGGGGGAGGUUGAGAAGAUGGACAAUGUGUCAAGGGUGAAUAUUUUUAACCUGAAGAACAUCGGACAAUGUCUUUUACAUAAAAAUGUUACGGUUGUGAACCCAGACACUGGGAACUUGGAGAAACUCCAAUAUUAUUAUAAAGACGCUUUGGCCGAAUUCGCUCAGAAAUUGGUGAAAGAAAAGAAGAAUAGAGUGCCACGCAUAUAG